GCUCUGAUUGGUUGCAUAAUACAAGGCAUCUGUUGUAAGUAAAGCCCAACAGGAAAGUAAAGCAUUAACUGGACUGGAGUGGAAUUGUAGCAGGGAGAGCACCGGUAGAUUUUUCAGCAGUCCUUGGAGUGCUUUUCUAUUCAACAUGUUGCUGUAUUCCUUGCUAGAGGGACUUGACAUCAAACGGCUUCUACUCUUCCUCAUCGCUGUUCUUCUGAUCACUGACUUUCUGAAACACAGAAAAGCCCCCAACUUUCCCCCUGGACCCUGGGCCCUGCCUGUUGUGGGAAAUGUCUUCCAUAUUGACACCAAACAACCACACAUUUACCUGACAAAGCUGGCCGAGGUUUACGGGAACAUCUUCAGCAUCCGCCUGGGUAGAGAGAAGACCGUGCUUGUGACAGGGUACAAAAUGGUGAAGGAAGCACUGGUUACUCAAGCAGAGAACUUUGUGGAUCGACCUCCGAGCCCAAUGGCUGACAGACUCUAUUCUGGAAAUGGCAUUUUCAUGAGCAAUGGCUACAAGUGGAGGAAACAGAGAAGAUUCGCUCUCACCACCAUGAGAAACUUUGGAUUGGGAAAGAAAUCCUUGGAGUCCAUCAUCUGUGAGGAGAGCAGAUUCCUUCAAGAAGAGAUUGAGCGGGAGCGAGGUAACCCCUUUGAUCCCCACUUGCUUCUCCACAAUGCAGUCUCCAACAUUAUCUGCUUCAUGGUGUUUGGACACAGGUUUGAUUAUAGUGAUCAAAAUUUCCAACUGCUCCUGAAGUUGUUGUCUGAAACAAUUCAGCUGGAUGGUUCCAUAUGGGGACAGCUCUACGAAGCUUUUCCAACAGUGAUGAAGUUUCUGCCAGGACCACACAAUGAAAUCUUCAGACAUUACAAAGACCUCUCUGCAUUUGUGAGAGGGGAGCUGGAGAAGCAUAAACAGGACUGGGACCCGUCUGCCCCACGAGACUAUAUUGACUCCUUCCUUGCCGAGAUAGAACAUAAUACGCAUGACCCAGCGGCAGGCUUUGACGAGUUCAACCUGAUCAUGUGUGCUCUGGACCUGUUUCUCGCUGGAACUGAGACCACCUCGACCACACUGCGCUGGGCCUUGCUCUAUAUGAUGAAAUACCCUGACAUACAAGAGAAGGUCCAGGCUGAGAUUGACAGAGUAAUUGGCCAAUCACGGCAGCCCACCAUGGCAGACAGAGCCAAAAUGCCCUACACUGAUGCUGUGAUCCAUGAAAUACAGAGGAUGGGCAACAUUGUGCCACUGAAUAUGCCCAGGAUUGCCAGCAAGGACACAACACUGGGAGGAUACUUCCUUCCAAAGGGCACAUCGGUAUUGGCCAUCUUGACCUCAGUGAUGUUUGACAAGUCUGUGUGGCAGACACCAGAUACUUUCAACCCUGGACACUUCUUGGAUGCAGAUGGAAAGUUUGUGAAACAUGAUGCAUUCAUGCCCUUCUCAGCAGGUAAGAGGGUGUGCCUAGGGGAGCAACUGGCUAGGAUGGAGCUUUUUCUCUUCUUCGUCUUCAUCUUCCAAAAAUUCAGCUUCUCCCCUGUCCAGGGCGUAGAGCUAAACCUGGAAGGGCAAAUCGGAGCCACCCUUACACCAGUUCCUUUCAAGAUCUGUGCCUCCCUUCGUUAAAGUGCCUUUAAUGACCCUUCCCAUUUCUCUCUCACUACCUGAGGCUUUAUGCCAUGCAACACUAGAAAUUAAGCCCUGAGGCCUAGAACCCCACGUGUGUGUGUGCUGUAUACUGCUAUGUCAAAGUGGCUUUGGGCAAUGUAUGUUCAACCUAUUAUUAUAUGCAUAGGGCUACAACAUAUGAUGCCAAUAUUGUUAAGACAUGAUGUAAUACCCACGCUCUACAGAGAGAGCCCAUUGUAAUGUAACCCAGAGAACCAGAAUGCAAGAUGACUCACAGUCAGCAGUGUGCUCAUUCCCACUAACUAACAGCACUGACAUUUUCCUUCUGUUUUGGAAAUAGGUUCAUGAACCUAAAAUAAAGACAUGAUCCUAUAA